GAAUUGGAGCUUGCUAGCAAAAGUUUGGCCAAAUCUCUAAGAUGAGGGCACAACAUUGUUGAACACUUGGGUUCGGCCAUCACUUGUGGUAACCUUGAAGGACAGAGAUUGGCCAUUGAGAUAGGAAUUGGACUGCCAAUUGGCCCCCCAAUUCCUUGACAUUGUGGUCCAAUGUGGUGUUAUUAAACUCUUGCUCAAAGAUGGUGAUCGCUUCUGCACUUGGGGCUAAUCCUAUUGGUACGGUUUGUAUUCCUCAGUCCAAGGAACCGUUCCAUGUUCUACAUUACAACACAGCAAGAUUCAACAAGUCCACUAUCUUGCAGAGACUGCACACAAGGAUUUCUAAAAGGACUGGACAUCAUGUCUAUGCCGGGAGAAUGGGCUUUAACCAUGCUGCAUCGGGACAAGAUAAUCAGCAACUGAGUUUUAAUGAUGAAUGGCCUCCAGAACCUUUCUUCUUGAGUCUAAUUAAAGAAACCGUUUGGGGAUUGAGAUCGUUGUUAAUAUUUCUGGCUGAGCAGCCCAGUCAACUGAAGUACAUUGAAUGGCCUAGCUUCCAAAGCACGCUGAAGACUGCCACGUUAGCUCUCGUUCUCGUUGCUUUGUUGAUCGUAGCACUCUCAUCGGUGGACUCGGCGCUCAGCUACAUUUUGACCUUAUUUCUCAGAAGAACUUCGUAAUAAAUGCUUCUACUCUUGUUACAACAGUUACUCAGAAAUUUAGCUUCUCUUUGCCUUUUUUAAAAUGAUAACUGAGAGUGAGAGUUGUUGGUAUGUUAAUGUAGUUGGAGAUGUUCUGAAAUAGGUAAUGCAUAAGCAUCUCUUUGAAAUCAUGCCACAAAGAAAGUAGAGAAUGUUGUCUUCCAUGUU